AUGGUUCAGCAAAGGUCGCGGCUAUCAAUAAUGAGUACUAGUUCGAAGAAGAAACUGAUGCCUAAAUCUGCUCUUUUGGUUAAGAAGUAUGAACGUCAAAUAAGAUUUAUGUUUAUAGCGUUUUUGGUAGCGUUGACUCUCAUGUUCAUUGUUCAUGAUCCCAAGGCCAAUAAUAAACUGGGUUCUGUAUAUGGAAGAUUACCAAAUGCCUUAAAAGACACUCGUUCCUUGAAAAAACCGCACACAGAUAUUGUGCAAGGUGUUGAGUACCCAAUUAACGACGGAAAGAGAGUAAAUGCGGCAUUCGUCACUUUGGCGAGAAAUGAGGACUUAUGGGCGCUCGUUGAGUCGAUUAGAGAUGUGGAAGAUCGAUUUAACCGUAAAUAUGGUUACGAUUGGGUAUUUUUCAACAACGUUCCAUUCUCUGAGGAAUUUAAAACCGUUGUUUCUAGUCUAGUUUCGGGGAAGGCUAAGUUUACAGAGAUUCCUCAAGAAUAUUGGUCGAUUCCUGAUUUCAUUGACAAGGAAAAGUCAGCUAAAGCAAGAGAAGAAUUCCACGCUGCAAAGAUUCCUUAUGGGCUAUCUCUCUCCUACAGACACAUGUGCCGCUUUGAGUCAGGGUUUUUCUGGAGACACCCUGAACUUGAUAACUAUAAGUGGUACUGGAGGGUUGAGCCUGAAACUAAACUAUAUUGUGACAUCAAUUAUGAUGUUUUUAGAUUUAUGGAGGAGAAUGAUAAGAAGUACGGUUUUAUUUUAAGCUUAACUGAAUAUAAGGAGACUAUCCCCACAUUAUGGGAAACAACAAAGCAAUUCAUGGCUAAAUAUCCCGAUCUUAUCAAGAAAGACAACCUUCUACAAUUUAUCUCUGACGAUAAUGGGUUCUCUUAUAAUGGCUGUCACUUUUGGUCUAACUUUGAAAUUGCAUCGCUGGACUUCUGGAGGUCUGACGCUUAUAGAACAUACUUCGAUUUCUUGGAUAAAUCUGGGGGAUUUUUCUACGAAAGGUGGGGUGAUGCUCCAGUUCACUCAAUUGCUGCAUCAUUGUUCUUAGACAAAGAAGAGCUACAUUUUUUUGAUGGUUUCGGUUAUUAUCAUCCAGAUUUUGCCUCCUGUCCUAUUGAAAGUUCAAUAAGACUCCAGAACCAGUGCAUUUGCGAUCCCCGAAAAGACAAAACUUGGGAAUAUGACUACUUUUGCAACCGCAAGUAUAUGAGAGUUAAAAAACUAUCGUUGCCUAGCGAGGUGAAGAACGAACGUGGUAAAUAA